UCAAGUCUUACAGAAUUUUGAUGAAAAAUAAGACUCUAUAUCAAUGCUGAAUCAUUAUAUGAAAUCUAUUUUCAAAUUUUAACGGCAUUCAUUCCUUCACUAAAAUCCAAACGAUAUGUUGCAUUGUAGACAGACAACAAACUGGUAAUUCGGAAGUAAGUGCGGAUUAGAAGUGCAGCUACCAUCUUUAAUAAAACACAAACGUAUACAACGGAAGGAAUUUAAAGGGGCGUCGCAAAAAGACGACAAAUAAGGAAAGCAUUGUUCUCUGUACUGGACGACGUCAUUCAUUUAAUUAAUUAAAAUAACUUAUUCUGAGUCAUGGAUUAUGCACCAACUCCCUCGGUUCUGCCAGCCAAUCCUUUUGAUGCCGAGUCGGAUGCCGCAACAUUGCGUGAGGCUAUGAAGGGUUUGGGCACCAAUGAAGAGGAAAUUCUUGAUAUUCUCACAGCUCGCACCAAUGCCCAACGCCAGCUAAUCAAAGAACACUUUUUACGUGAAUACGGACGUGAUUUGAUAGAGGACUUGAAAAGUGAGUUGGGUGGAAAACUUGAGGAUGUCAUUAUUGCCCUCAUGACGCCGCCAGUUGAAUACUUAUGUAAGCAAUUACAUGAAGCCAUGGCUUGCAUGGGAACCGAUGAAAGUACGCUCGUUGAAAUACUCUGUACAAAAUCGAAUGAAGAAAUGUCGGAAAUCGUAAAAUGUUACGAGGAUAUGUAUGAUCGGCCUUUGGCCGAACAACUAUGCAGUGAAACAGAUGGACAUUUUCGCCGUUUGUUGACUUUGAUAAUAACGGGUGUGCGAGAUCCCGUGGGUACUGUUGAUCCCGAAAAAGCUAAGGAGCAAGCUAAACAGUUGUAUAGUGCUGGUGAAGCCAAAUUGGGUACCGAUGAAGAGGUAUUCAAUCGCAUUUUGGCCCAUGACAGUUUCGCCCAGUUACGUUUGGUGUUUGAGGAAUACAAGGAGUUGUCGGGUCAAACAUUGGAACAGGCUAUUAAACAUGAAAUGAGUGGUGAAAUGCAUGAAGCCAUGAUGGCUGUGGUUGAAUGUGUACAAUCUCCAGCCGCCUUCUUUGCAAGUCAACUUAACAAUGCCAUGUCCGGAGCUGGAACUGAGGAUCAAACUUUAAUACGUAUUAUUGUUUCACGUUCUGAAAUAGAUUUGAUAAAUAUUAAAGAUGAAUUUGAACGGAUCUAUAACCGGACACUCGUCAGCGCCAUUGAUUCGGAAACAUCUGGCGAUUAUAAGCGUGCCUUGUGUGCCUUAAUUGGUGGUGCUUAAAUUUGCGUUGGUGUUUUAAUGUUUCGUUGGAGGAAUCUCAAUGGCCUUUGAUGUGGAAAUGUAAUUUCCAAUUAUUAUCUAUAGCUGCUAGAAUUGUUAUGUAAAAUUCGUGCUUCUUUGAAAUAGAGAUUAGUUUUAUGUCAUAAAAUUGCAACAAAAUAAAAAAGACUUACAAUUUUA